ACGCUCCACCCGACCAAGCCCCCGCCCGCGGACCCGACCCAGGCUCCCAUUCUGAUUCCGAUUCUGCAGACGGAGCGCUGGAGCCAGUGCACGUGGUGUUUGCCUUUGGGCGUGACUAUAUCGUCCCAGCCUUUGUGGCGGUCAACUCGUCACUAACCAACGCGAGGAAUAGGGAGCGUCUGGUGAUACACCUGUUGGUAGAGGCAGAGAUUGUUAAUAGAGUGGAGAUGGCCUUUGCGCAGGCGUUUGGUACUGUUGCAGAUGUGUCGGUGUCUAGUGGCCGUCAAGAACAGGUGGACAGUAAAGACGAGCCAAAGGAUGUGGAAGAUCCGCUGGAUGAAUGGGACGAUGGCGAAAAUGUGGACAAUGGCGGGUUUGGGUAUG